UUUUUCAAUUUUUUUUUAGUUUUGUGAAUGAAGUCUGAAGAUGAUUUGGAAUAACAUCAUUCAAAGAAUAAUUUUCUUUUUGCUUAAUGUCCCGGGCGUUGUAGGGAACAUCCUUGUAUUUGUGCGACAUGUGUAUGCUUUUGUCACAGGUCCUGACAAAAAGCCCAUAGAUCUUAUCGUCAUCCACUUGAUGUUUUCAAAUGCAGUCAUUAUCUGCACCUUAGGUCUCAGAGAUAUAGCCACAGUUUUUGAUUUCAGAAACUUUGUAGAUAAUGUUGGUUGUAAACUUUUGAUUUACCUGGGCAGAGUGGCCCGUGGCCUUUCCAUCUGCACCACCUGUUUCCUCAGCAUGAUCCAGGCCAUAACCAUCAGUUCCAGAACCACAUUGUGGAGAAAGCUCAAACCACAGACUGCACGGCAAGUUCUUCCCUAUCUCCUCCUCUUUUGGAUCAUCAAUUCUCUGAUCAGCUCAAACCUGCUACACUACAUCACAGCAGUCAAUACCAUGAAUGGAUCUGGAACUGAAAUGUAUAUUGGCUAUUGUUAUAUGUUACCAUCUAGACAAGAGAUUAGGUGGUUUUUCCUCUCCCUUAUGGCUCUUCGGGAUGUGAUCUUUCAGAGUCUCAUGGGCUGGAGUAGUGGUUACAUGGCUUUCCAUCUGUAUAAACAUCACAAGCGAGUCCUCUAUCUUCAUAGCUCCAGGUUUGCAAACAAUUCCAGCCCAGAAAUCAGAGCUACUCUAAGUACUCUCAAUCUUAUGAUCUGUUUCCUUGUCUUUUAUUGGGCAGAUUUCAUGUUCUCUGUCUACACAGGUUCUACCUUGAGAGAUGAUCUCAUAACACUAAACAUUAAAACAUUUCUAGAACUUGGAUAUGCUGUUCUUAGUCCCCUGGUCCUGAUCAACCGUGAUGUCCGUAUUGCUAAAUUCUGGAGGGCUCACUAA